AUGGCUGCAAGAUGUAUUUUAGUUUUCUUGCUAUUCAUAUUAGCAAUUAAUCUUUCGUAUCAAUAUAAUAAUACUAAAUUUCCUCCACUUAAUUUAUAUAUUGGUACAGAUGGUGAUGGGUUUGGUGCAGGUUCAUUACCAUUAGGUGUUCAAAGUCCAUAUGGUGCUCUUCGUUUAGGUCCAGAUACUAGUAAUACCAUGGAUAUACCAAUUGUAUUCAAUCAUUUAGCUGGUUAUCACUAUUCUGAUUCACAUAUAAAUAUCUUUUCGCAUACACAUAUGUUUGGUGCUGGUGUAGUUGAUUAUGGUGAAGUUGGUAUUAUGCCUGUUCAAAUAGAUAGUAUUAAACAUUUACAAGCAAUGAUUUCUAAACGAAAUGGUUAUCGUAGUGCAUUUCAACAUGAACGUGAAGUUGUUGAACCAGGUUAUUAUCAAGUUUAUCUUGAUACACAUAAAAUAAAUGUUGAAUUAACAGCUACGGAACAAGUUGGUAUACAUCGUUAUACAUAUGAUAAAAUUAAAAAUAAACAUCAUGUUAUACUUAUUGAUAAUAGUUAUACAUUACAAGCCAAUGUAUGUACUGAAAGUCAUGUUAAAAUCGAUUCAAUAAAUCAUGAGCUAAGUGGUUUAAUUCAUUUUGAUGGUUCACUUUCAGGACGUUUUGGUGGCGUAACAACAUAUUUCGUUAUUACAUUAAAUAAUUUGACUCAAUUUGGUACAUGGAAUCAUGGACAAAUAACCGAAGGGCAAACUGAAAUAGAUGGAUGUUCAUCAGGUGCUUAUAUUAUAUUACCUGAUGAGCAAGAACAAGUAACAAUGUAUGUUGGCAUAAGUUUUGUUUCUAUAGAACAAGCACGUACUAAUUUAAAAAUACAAACAAAUACUCUUCAAUCAUUCGAUUCUAUGCGAACAAUUGUACAACAAAAAUGGCUUGAUGAAUUAGCAAGAUUUGAAGUUAGUGCUGAUUGGGAUCGUGAUGCUGAAAUAAAAUUCAAUACUGCUAUUGUCCAUUCAUUAUCAAGUCCAACAAUAUGGGAUGAAUCAAAUGGUGUUUACCUUGGAUAUGAUGGUAAAGUUCAUACAAAACCUGAUUAUAUGCAACAUGUUUAUACUGAUUUAUCCAUAUGGGAUAUACAUCGUACACAAAUACCAUUUAUUAAUUUUCAUGAUGCACAACGAGGUAAUGAUAUUAUACAUUCAAUUAUGAUUAAUGUUGAACAAGGUGGUGAUUUACCAAAAUGGCCUUUAGCUAAUGGUUAUACAGGUUGUAUGUUUGGUUCACAUGCUGACGUUCUUAUCAGUGAUUUAAUUAUGAAAAAAGAAAAUGAUAAUAAUUUAGAUUUAAAAGAAGUUGUUCAAGCUUUAAGAAAAGUUGCUAAUCAAAACCAAGUACAUGAUAGUCGAUGGGAUCCAGCAACAUAUAUUCAAUAUAAAUAUGUUCCAUAUGAUAUGGAAAAAACUUCAGCACCAUUAACAAUAAGUUAUGCGUAUGAUGAUUGGGCUAUUGCAAAUGUUAUGAAUGCUGCUGGUUUGGUUGAUGAAGCUAAAGAAUAUUAUGAACGAGGAACAUGGUUUGAACAUGUUUUUGAUAACAAAACAAAUUUCUUUUGUCCAAAAGAUAAAGCAGGCAAUUUUCAUUGUCCAUCAAAUGAACUUGAAUUUCUCGAUCCAUUUGAUAAAAGAUAUAUAGAAGAAUUAUUUGGUGGUCGAGAUAAUUUUAUUAAAGAAUUAACUAUAUUUUUUGAACGUGGACAACCAUGGAAAACAACAUUAUUACCUAAUCCAUAUUAUUGGCCAGGUAAUGAACAUAAUCUUUUUUCCGUUUGGCAAUUUAAUUAUGCUAAUCGUUCUGAUUUAACACAAAAAUAUGCACGUUGGUUAUUAAAUCAUGCUUAUCCAAAUGCGCCUGAUGGAUUACCAGGUAAUGAUGAUUAUGGUACAAUGUCUGCAUGGUAUAUAUUUACAAGUAUGGGUUUUUAUCCACUUUCUGGUUCAUCAACAUAUUUAAUUGGUAGUCCAGCAUUUGAUCGUAUAAAAAUCUCACGCAAUAAUGGUAAAUGUAAUUUAUUAAUCAAUGUUCAUAAUAAUUCUCCAACAAAUCUUUAUGUUCAACGUGUAUUACUUAAUAAUGAAACUUUAUCAACAUUUCCAUUCAUCGAUCAUAUAAAUCAUUUUAAAUGUUCAAAUGAUAAUCAAUCAACUAUUCAACUAGAUUUUUUUAUGUCAUCAACUCCUGUUUUUUCUCUCGAUAAAUAA